UACCCGCUGCCCGCUGCCCGCUGUCCGCUCUGCUGCUGCCAUGUCUUGGGCGAUGGUCCUCGGCCUUCUGGCCGCGCUGCUCCUACUGGUGCUUCUGCUGCGCUACCGGCGCACGCGGUGGCCAAACGAGCCUCCCCUGGAUGUGGGCAGGGUGCCAUGGCUGGGCCAUGCCCUGGAGUUUGGAAAGGAUGCUGCCAGUUUCCUCACCAGGAUGAAGGAGAAGCACGGGGACAUCUUUACUGUGCUAGUGGGAGGCAAGUAUGUGACUGUGCUCCUGGAUCCCCACUCCUAUGACUCAGUGGUGUGGGAGUCCCACUCCAAACUGGACUUCCACGCAUAUGCCCUGCACCUCAUGGAUCGGAUCUUUGACGUGAAGCUCCCGCAUUACAGUCCAAGCGAGGAGAAGGCCAAGCUGAAGCCGACGCUGCUCUAUAAGGAGCUCCAGGCACUCAUAGAAGCCAUGUACACCAAUCUUCGCACAGUUCUGCUGGGCGACAUCACCGAAGCAGGCAGUGGCUGGCAGGAGAUGGGCCUCCUGGAGUUCUGCUACGGCUUCCUGCUCAGAGCCGGCUACCUAACGCUAUAUGGAGUCAAGGAAUUGCCACACACACCCCAGAGCCAGGCCAACGACCGGGCCCAUUCAGCCGAUGUCUUCCACAACUUCCGUCAGCUUGACCUGCUGCUUCCCAAACUGGCCCGUGGCUCUCUGUCGGGAGAGGAGAAGCUGCUUGUGGUUGGGGCCAAAGAUCGCCUGUGGAGGCUGUUGUCCCCGGCCAACCUGGCCCACCGGGUGAACUGGAGCGCCUGGCUGGACAGUUACCUGCAGCACCUGGAGGAGCUGGGCGUGCCAGAGAAAAUGCAGGCACGGGCAAUGCUGCUGCAGCUCUGGGCCACACAGGGGAACAUGGGUCCUGCUGCCUUCUGGCUGCUGCUCUUCCUGCUCAGAGACCCUGAGGCAUUGGCCGCUGUCCGUGGAGAGCUGGAGCAGACCAUGGAGCAGGCAGAGCAGUCUACCUCUCAGACAACCACCUUCCCACAGGAGAUAUUGGACAACACACCUGUGCUUGACAGCGCCUUGAAUGAAAGCCUCCGGCUCACAGCCGCACCCUUCAUCACUCGGGAGGUGGUAGUGGACAUGGCCCUGUCCCUAGCAGAUGGACGCGAGUUUGCUCUGCGGCGUGGGGACCGGCUCCUCCUCUUCCCCUAUGUGAGCCCCCAGAAGGACCCAGAAGUCUACCCAGAUCCAGAAGAAUUUAAAUACAACCGAUUCUUGAACGCUGAUGGCUCAGAGAAGAAAGAUUUCUAUAAGAAUGGGAAACGACUGAAGAACUAUAGCCUGCCAUGGGGCGCUGGGCUCAACCAGUGCCUGGGGAGGGGCUAUGCCAUCAGCAGCAUCAAACAAUUCGUGUUUCUUGUGCUGACCUACUUGGACCUGGAGCUGCUCACCCCGGAGAAAGAACUCCCCAAGUUUGACACCAGCAGGCACGGCUUUGGCCUCCUGCAGCCAGCCCAUGAUGUGUGUAUCCGUUACCGCCUGCGGUCCUGAGCCCCAGAGACCUCCCACUGUGGUUCACAUAAGCUGCUGCCGCCAGCCUGCACCCCCCUCCCCAAAUCCCCAAUGCUGUAUCUGCUUCUGGGGUGCAUCUUUGACACCUCACACUGUGGAGCAAUCCUCUUUCCUCCUUUUGUCCCUUGACAGCUGUUUGGGGGAGGGGAAAAAGGGGAGAAAGAAGCGAAGGUGGGUCAGCAGGGAAGGUUCCAGAAACUUUACUGGGAAGCAAGUAAAGGAUCAGCUUGAAAGGG